AUGGAUUUACCAUAUCAUAAUUCAUAUCACUAUAAUCAUGAAUGGCCAAUGUCUUCAACAUCUGAUCGUUGUCCAUUAUAUACAUCACAAAAUCAUUCAACAACUUGUUAUAAUAUAAAUACUUCUUGUCCUCCUCCUACUCAUUCUUCAUCAUCUUCAUAUUAUGAUUAUUAUACUCCAUCAAAUUGUUGUCCAUCAACAUCUAAUACUUAUUCAACUCAUUAUAAUACUUAUUCAUCAUUUAAUCAACAUAAUACAAAUCAAAUUGGUCCUUCAUCUCAUACAAAUAGUAUUUCAACUACAUCUGAAUUGACAAAAACAAAUAAUGAAAAAAUAUCGACUAGUAUAAUUUAUCCUUGGAUGAAAAAAUUACAUGUUAAAAAUCUUGUUCAAAAUACUGAUGGUACAGAAACAUAUAAACGUAUUCGUACAGCAUAUACACGUAGUCAAAUUCUUGAACUUGAAAAAGAAUUUCAUUUUAAAAAAUAUUUAAAUCGUCGACGACGUAUUGAAAUAGCACGAACAUUAAUGUUAACAGAACGACAAGUUAAAAUUUGGUUUCAAAAUCGACGUAUGAAAUGGAAGAAAGAUCAUAAUUUACCAAAUACAAAAUCAAAAUUAAUUGAAACAGCAAUAAAACAAGAACUUAAUGAUUAA